UUUGCUUUGCAGGCAGUAGAAAGACUGAAUCUCAAAACAGGACAUUUAAAGGACUUGAUCAAUGAUGAGCCCUUCACAAGAGCUGAUAUAAUCACAAUACAAGACCCUACUAAUCUGGACAAAUUUAAUUUGGCAAACUUCUAUCAUUUGAAAAAUAAUGUCAAGGUGGAAGAUGAGGAUGAAGUCCUUGCCAGAAAAGAUCCUAAAUUUCACCUGAAAUCCAUAAAUGCUGAAACUAGAGAUGUCUUGAAUACAUUAGAUAAAGAAUAUAAAGCACCAGAGAAAACAGUUGUGGAAAAGAAAGUUGCUGACAAGUUCAAUGCUGCAUCUUAUUCCACAGGCAGGGUUGCCGCAUCAUUCACAUCUACAGCUAUGGACCCCGAAACCAGACAUGAAGCAGCUUUAAUUGAUGAAGAUAUAAUCAAAUAUGAGCGUGUUAAAAAGAAGGGGUAUGUGCGUCUGGUUACCAGUAAGGGAGUACUUAACUUAGAGUUGCACUGUGAAAUGGUUCCAAAGACAUGUGAGAACUUCAUGAAGCACUGUGCUAGUGGAUAUUACAAUGGAACAACAUUCCACAGAUCUAUCAGAAAUUUUAUGAUUCAGGGAGGAGACCCCACAGGAACAGGCAAAGGUGGAGAAUCUGUAUGGGGUGGAGCCUUCAAGGAUGAAUUCAAGCCUAAUCUAACUCAUUCAGGGAGAGGUGUACUCAGCAUGGCAAACUCUGGCCCCAACACCAACAAAUCUCAAUUUUUUAUAACCUUCAGAUCUUGUAGGCACUUAGAUCAGAAACAUGCAGUAUUUGGAAGGUAGGCUGUUUUAUCCUGAAACUGGGCAA